AUGGGGCGGCGGCUGCGGGCCAGCGGGCGGCACUCGGACCCGCCGCCCUCGGUCCCUCGCGAGGCCGCGGAGGCCAACACGCCUCGCAAGGGGGGACAGCGCGGGGGCGGCCGUCCAAACACCAGGCGUCCUCGGCCGGUUGUCCCAGGGCGCCCGCACCUCUCCGCCCGCGCGCUCCUGCCGCCGCGCCCCCCAGACCCCGGUGUCCUAGCAGAGGCGCUCCGGAGGGGGAAGGGCGUGCGGCCGGCGCUACCCCAGAGGAAAAGCCCAGCGGAGCGGGGCUGGGCAGGAGCCGGCGGCGGCGGUGCGCUGGGCCUUCUGCCUUGGAUCCUCCGCAGUCGGCACCACUUCCCUGCUCAGAUUCGAACCCAGAUACGGCUCCCAUGGCUCCAGGGUGCCCAGUCUUGCAGCCAGCUCGCCGCCCGAACCCAGGAUGGAAGAAGCGCUCACUGGCCGCUACCUCUGCUGUUUCUGGCACCAGAGAUUGAGACUGUGAACCUGAACUCCCUUGAUCUCCUCCCGUUGGGCCCAGGAGGGAGCCUAAUCCAGGCCCAACCCGGCUCGCUGAGAAGGUGCAGGAAGCCCCCAACGACUCCUACUCCUACUCGUGUGCGGCCCAUCCUGGCCGAGACGCUGCAGUGGUCGAGCCGCUGGGUGUCUGCAACCGGGAGCUCCCCCGCCGCUGGGGGCAAUAAACGCAAUCGGUUUCCCACGCUUUCCCUCUUGAUCUCAGAACCUUUAAAAAUCCACCAACGAAUGUCGUUGCCUGGAUGCGCUGCGUGUGACCUUCAGCCGUGUGUUCACGCGUACCCGCAGCCGUGGACUGACGGUCCCUUCCUGCCGCCGCUCUGCGCACACCGGCAGCAACUUCGUUACCCACAGCGCCCGCGUCCCGCGGCUCGCGCGGAACUGCGCGCGGGAAGGUGGCAGAGGGACCGCUCCAGAACGCUGCUCGCGUAGACGCUGCCUCUGCCUUCAGAUCCCAGUUCGGCCGCGCGCGGGCGGGGCCGUGGCAGCAACGAAAAUGGCGAGUCUCGUAGCCUUCCGGGCCUGAUGGCCGCAUUCCGGGAGUCGCCAGGUGGGAGUCCGCCUUCCGCGUCCCCGAACGCCCAGAGCCCGGGACACGGGCCGGCGGCCCGGUCACCAAGCCGAUUCCCCGCAUCGACUCGCGCCGGAAUCCAUAUUCGGCUUGCAAGGGCCCCCUGCCGUCUCUCCGCAGAGCGCCCUGCCCCACACUGCCGGCCCUCUUAGCUUGAAAACCAAUUUUUACCUUUGAUCCUGAGAGAUUAAUACCCCACAGGUGAAACCGUGGAGACGGAGCUGCGGUGGGUUUCUUCUCUACGCCUCAGUUUCCCCGUCUGUGAAAUGGGACCAGGCGCGCCUGUGCUCCUCCGGGAGUUUAUUGCAGGGCUGGCUGGAGAGAAUGGCGGGGUGGAAGCCGCCAGGUGGAGGCCCAUGGUCGCCCACCCCGUGGGCCUCGUUUGCUGGGUGGGGGUCAAAGGCAUGUGAGACAGGGAUCGCCCCAAGGAGGCUCUGGAGCCGGCC